GAAAAAACUUCACAAACAGCGAGAACGUAAUUUUUGGAAUUGAACAACGAAAACCGCAUCUAGCAGCCCUACUUUUGACCAGUUGAGACGCCUAUGCCUUUGCGCAUUACCCAGUGUGACAUAGGCAGUAUGGCGACAACGUGGCCUCAAGUGGCAGCAUGGCCCAACGACCCCCGAGAGCAUGCUGCAUACCUCAGCGAUUACCUCAGGAAAGCACUCGUCUGUAUUGACUCCGCCGGAGACCAGCCGGUGCCGAAGCCUCUUGUCAAGACUAUGAUCGCAGCCAUGAGCGUCCUGAUUUCCAAGUUCCAGAAUACCCCUGACCUCACCGCCGUCGUCCAAGCCAUUACAACUCUCCAGAGCGACCUCAAAACAACAGCAGAAACGGUACAAUCCACGGCGAUCAAAGUUCAGCAGAAUACAAUAACGCAGCAGCACAUGGCUACACUGAGCCAGGAGACCAAUCAAGCCGUGAAGGAAGCUGCCGAGAUACGACGAACAACUACCGGACUUCUGCAAGAGACGAACGACAUAGCCAAAGCGAUAAAUGAUACAACCAAGACGACGAAUGACAUGGUGAAAGUUGUACAGUGCGCUCCGCCUUCUAAGGCUUCAUACGCGUCGGUAUUGAGUAGCAAUGCGGCUCCUCUUAGCAGACUAAUCACAAUAUCUACUCAGACAUCAUCGUUCAUUCAAGCACAACGUGAGAUCAUCGUGAAGAUUACAGACACAUCCACUAUCGAGAGCAUCCGAGCCAAGAACCCCAGAAACUUACAGAACCACGUUGACCGAGCGAUUGAACAGAGCAGGAACAAACACAUUGAACGGAUCCGCGUUGCAUCAGCUAACCAACUAAAGAGCGGAGAUCUUAGCAUCAAGACGUCAAACAGAAACGAUGCAGAGGCCUUGAAACAAUUCGCAAACGACUGGAUAAACCGGAUUGGAAGAGGCACAAGUAUACGGCUGCCGACAUAUGGAAUUCUGGCACACGGUAUAAGGACCAGCUCAAUGAACAUGGAGAAGUUCGAUGAGAUCAAGGCUGAGCUCCUGCACGAUAACAGACCGUUCAUACCCAAUGCGGACAUCAAAUACAUUGGAUGGCUAUCAAGAGCAGCGAGUACAAAGUCAGCUUCGACCAUUAUCGUCGAGUUCACCAAUCCGGAAGACGCAAACAAGAUCAUCGACGAAGGUCUCAUUUGGCAAGGCGAGGCUUUUCAAUGUGAGAGAUACGACAGACAGUGCCGACUGAAGCAAUGCUACAAGUGUCAAAAAUACGGCCACAUAGGAACCCAGUGCAAAGCGAGCACAGCAUGUGGCUACUGUGCAGAACCGCACAGCUCGAAAGAUUGCCCCACUAAGGUCGACAAGUCCGCCAUAAGGAAAUGUGCGGUGUGUAAGGGAGCACACGAGGCGUGGAAUAAUCGAUGUCCCGUCCGGAAGGUCGAGUUAAGCAAGGUGAAAGCCGCAUACGAUGCCCGACAACCAUACCAUUUUGUCCCACCAACGAAGGAGAGGCCUCCAAUGGACCGCGCGAUUAUUGACGCUACGCCAGCGGAAGCGGCAGCAAUGAUGAAUGGAACCCAGAGAGGCAGGCCAAGUGCCACUACAGCAAGGCCAUCAUCACUGACGCCAACAAUACCACCAGGCAGACAGAACUCCAGGAGCAAGUCCCCAACGAAAGGAAGAGCCCCAAAGAGGGUCCACUUGGGAAACGGGCUCGACAGUAUGCAAGAUGAGAACGAGGACACAAUCAUGGUCGAGGAUAGCCAGAGACCGCGGAGGCCACACGUGCCUUCAAGACGAGCACUAGAGUCAAUCACAACGAACUCACUACUCAGUUCCCAAUGGAGUACAGAUGAACCAUGAACUACGGCGAAGAAGGCAUAAAGAUCCUACAGUACAACGUCAUGAAAUCGAGGGACGUAGUUAUGGCAACACUGCUACGCGACCCAAGGAUCCAGGAGUACGAUAUUCUAGCGCUCCAGGAACCAUGGAGGAACCCCUUCAUCUCGACGACCCACAACCCAAUCACACACUCUUUUCACCUCUGCUUCCCUAACGACAGCAGAGAAGCACCUGCGAGAGUCUGCUUCUUUAUCAACAAGAGAAUAGACCCAAAUAGGUGGAGAUUUACAGACCACACACGAGACUUGAGUACACUUGAAAUCACGACAACAAGCCCAACCACAGAGGCAGCAACGAAGAUCUAUAUACACAACGUAUAUAACCCCCCAAGAUCGUCAGACUAUAGGACGAGUUGCCUACCACACCUCAGAACGGCACUUUCCGCCCACCAGGAAGAAGAACAAAUCAUUCUGGGUGAUUUCAACCUACACCAUGAACUCUGGGGCGGCCUAACGGUACGAGAAAGAGAUCCAGAAUCAGACGACUUAAUUGAUAUCAUGGAGGAAUACCAGCUAGGCAGCCUUCUACCCGCCGACACAGUUACGUACGAUGACAAAAAUGCACAGAGCUGCAUCGACCUCUGCUACAGUACACAAGAUCUGGUGGGUAGGGUUGUCAAAUGCAGAGUAGACCACGAGAUAGACUACAAUUCAGACUACCUUUUAAUUACAACGAUUCUAGACCUUUAAACAAUACAAAGACAACAGGCAAAAACACAUAACUAGUCUAGUAUCGAUAAGAAGGAGCUUUAAACAAGCCUUGCGCGAGAGUUACUUACAAUCUGUUGUCUUAAGUCAAGGCAUGCCUUAGACAGAUAUGUUGUAAAGGUGACAAAAGCGAUACAGUCAGCUAUAAAACACGCCACGCCCCUGAAAAGAUGGUCCUCAAGAGCGAGAGCCGGGUGGGCCUUUAAAUGUAAAGAAACACAAGCCAAGGCGCGAAGACUUAAGCGCCGUAACGCCUGACUUUACACAGACAAGAGCUGGGAGGCUUACUGCGUAGCUUGAAACUAGAAAGGAAGAGUGAUCUGUAAGGCCUUACUUUAAGGCUACUGAAACUAAGUCGAAAGCGCUAUAAAGAGCUUAAAGAGUAUAUAGAAGCUAGCAAGAUAGGCAAAAACCUAGGGGGAAGUGGCACUGACUACUACUCUGAUAUUAAAAGACCUAAUAACAAACAUUAAGCACACAGAGUCGUAAGACAAGGCAAGACUUUUAAAAGCAACCUUCUUCCCG